AUGGUUAAACUUGUUUAUGGAGGAAAUGGAUGUCCUUAUUUGCCAUCUCUCAAGAACCUAGAGUUGGAUCUGGACUAUGUGGACCCGAGCUAUGUUAUAUGCGGGUGCUGGGCUCUUGAAAAUCUCAAGCUCACUUUACAUGAAUCAUUCCCAAUUAGGUCAUGGGAUACUGCUGAACUCCACAUGCCUCGUACGUUGAAGCGUUUAACCCUAAUACAGGCUGAUGACAUUGAAGAAGAUCUUAAUGAUAUUCAUGAACUUGAUAUAAUCACCCCGUUACUCGAAUACCUAAGUAUCACAUUAUGGGCAAGAUGCUUACAGGUUUCAAUUAGCGAUUAUCCCAACAUGGUGGAAGCUCAUCUUGAUAUUGAUCAAGACCAAGAGCAGUUUGGUUGGGUGGUUGAGCUUUUCAAGGCACUCCGCCAAACAAAACUGUUGGACUUGAAACUUUCCACUAUGGAGUGCUUGCUUGGUGCUUCCGAUUUUGAGUUGCCAGAAUUUUCCCGUUUACUUAAUCUAGAGCUUGAAAUUCCAUAUUUCGACUCUGAAUUUAUGAUAGAAUUGCUUCAUAACUGCAAUAUGCUUCAAGUUCUCACUCUUCAUAACCGGGAGAAAGUUUCCAGAUUGGAACUUGAGGAACCUAAUUGUUGGACACUGCCAAUGAAGGAUCCUGAUUGUGUUAUAUCACAUCUCAAGAUUUUUGAAUUUAAAGGAUAUCAAGACUCUGCAGAUGAACAUGCAUUUGUUGCAUAUCUUUUAGAGAAAGGACCUAUUUUGAAGACAAUGAAAAUCCAUGCUGAUCCUAGUCUUGGCCAAAGGUAUAAACAGCGCAUCCACCAGGAAUUAUCUACGGUACCAAGGAGCUCCAAAACAUGCCAAUUAAAAGUUACCUGAAGAGACAACAGUUACAUAUGAAUAUAUGAUAAAUCUCUCACCAUCUCUAUUCUCUCUUCUUGAUUUGCCUUAGAUUCAUGCGUCAAUGUCACUUGUGUUGUUCAAAUAUUUGUUGAAGCUUUUGAUUACUUUUUACUUGGAUUAAUUUGUCUGAUCGGAUUAUUUGGAUGACUCUUCAAAUCGUUGCUGGGGUUUGGUUUGGUAGUUUUGGAAUUUGCUUGUACCUUCUCCCUCGAUGUCAGUAGAAUAUCUUUGACUUCUUUGAUGUCUGUUUCGCGAAACAUACAGAAGUUUUGCCCUUUAGA